UCACUACCCUAUAGGUUGUUGGUUGAAUACACUGAUCGUGAACACAAAAGUGAUUUGUUUGGGGAAUGGAAAGAAUGGAAAGGUUAUCUCUAUGCCGGAGCAAUGCUGGUGACCGCAUGUAUUCAGUCUCUUGCUUUUGGGCAGUUUGUUUAUCUCAUGAACACAAUCGGUAUGAGAAUCAACACAGCUUUAAUUGGCUUAGUUUAUGAAAAGGUAAUCAAGAUGCUUAUAAAUUUUAAUGUUGAUACCUUAGUUUCUAAGCCUGGGUAUUAAUAUCACUAUUGCUAUCAUUAUCAUCAUCAUUGUCAUUAUUAUGACGAUCAAAAGUAGACAGUAUUUCUUCUCCAAGGGCCGAGUUCAUACCAUGAACCUAGGGCACUAGAGGGUUGCUUUGUCUAAGUCCUAAUUAAAAACCAUCUUCGUUGUCGCUUGAUGCAUAGGACUUUCCGUAGAAUAUGUGCUGUUCCCACAAUGUUGCCUUUUAAAUAUCCUGGAGGUUAAUCAUGUUUCCUGGAAUUUGACUGAUGAACUUCUCAGAACCGUUGCCCGUUGCUAGUGAUAACAUUGACUUAAAAACUAAUCCGGAGCCAGAGAUAAGACUCGAACUAGACGCUAAGCGUUCUUGCGUGAUCUUCGAGUCUUACAUAAGCCUUAUUUAUGUACGAAUGGCUUUGUUCAAUUCGACGUAUCUUAUGUUUUCUGGUAUAAAUAGCCGUAGUAUAUAUCUCCUCAAUCUAUAGGAUCCGUUGAAGCAGGAUUUUUAAUUUACUUUUAAAGUCCAUAACUUCAUAAAGGCCCCGGUGAAUAUAAUACACUUGAUGUCAGUCCCCAAGGGAAAUAGUUACUUUCUUUUUCCUGAGAGUCCUGAUGUUUCACGAGACUGUUAUGCUCCUAGAUUUCCACUUUAACAGCGACAAAGAAUAAAGAGCGAAUCAAAAAAUCUGGACUCGAUUCUUAUAAGAACACAAAUUAACUCAAAAUCGCUGGACGAAUGAUUUACAAAUUACUUGAGAAAGUAUGCCAAAUAUUUGUUAAACGGAAGAACAGUGACCAUGUUAUUACCUUAUAAUUUUAAUAUUUAAGGCUUUGAUGGUGAAGUUCAAGUCCCAUGGAGAAUCAACUGCUGGAGAACUUGUAAACCUGAUGUCAGUGGAUGCACAGCGUGUGAUGCGAGUGAUGACAUUCAUCAACAACUUCUGGUCAAGCCCACUUCGGAUCGGUGUUGCUUUAGUCCUU